AAAAAAGUGAAACAAGAAUGAAAUAAUAGUUAAGCUUAUUAAAUCUAACAAGCAAUUAACCUAAAACUAAGGCUAGUAUUAUUCACAAAGUUUCAGACUAAAAAAAGAAAAUGAGUAGUUUUGAUGUUUUAGGAAAAAGUCCAUACAAAAGCAAUUUCAAUCGAUAAAACUCAAGACAUCUUCUAAAAGAGUAUCAACCAAUAACAAGUAGAGUUAAUUAGAGAUAAAGUUUUAAAUCACCCCCUGAAUCAACAAAGAACAGCAAACCAAUCAGUAUUAGCAAUAACAGUAUAAAAUUAUAAGUAUUAUGUCAAAGAUGAGUUAAAAUAAAUGGACUCCUAAAAAAGAGCAUCUUAAAAGUCUUAUUAAUACUAAUUAAAAGCCCUGUUAGGCAGUGAAUAAGAAAAACCUACAUUUUUUGAUUAAACAAAAAGUAAAUUGGAAAUACAUAUACUUAGGAAUAAAUACAUAAAUAAAUUCUAAUAUUUUACCUCAAUCACCAAAACAAAAUAUCAAAACAAGUCCAGAUGUCAAAUAUAGUAAAAUAGAGAAUUCAAAAAGCAAAGCUUCUUUUUAAAAUACAAAUUUGAGUGUUGCUGAUAAAAUACUUCAAUUGGAGAAAAACAAAUAGAAGAUAAUUUCUAUGUAAUUGAAACUUGCAAAGAAUAUAAAAUAGAGACCACAAAAAUAAUCUUUUCCAAUAAUUCCUGUAAUGGAAAAAUCAGAGCCACAUAAUUUUUAACAAAAUUAAAAAAAGUAAUUACCUUAGACAGCUUUGGUUGUUUUAUAAAAUUAUAGCGAUGUUUUGAGUGAUUUUGAAAAAAAGGAGAUAAUAGAUUAUGAAACAAUUUAUUAUUUAGCACCAAAAUAAAUAACAUAAAAUUAGAAAGAUUCUCUUGGAACAUAAUUCAAUAAUGGAUUUGAUACAUAAGAGUAUAUUCUAUUUAAUAAAUAUUUUUAGUGGAGAUUAUAUAUUUAUAAAAUAAGAUUAGAUAGCAUAUAGAUAUGAAAUGUUAGAGAAAUUAGGACAUGGUAGUUUUGGUUAUGUUUUUAAAGUGAUGGAUCAUAAACAUCAUUAAUAAGUGGCAUUAAAGAUAAUUAAGAAUAAGGAAAAAUUUUAUAAAUAAGCUCUUAUUGAAAUAGAUAUUUUAAAAGUAGUAAAUAAAGCAGAUGUUUCAUGUUGUUUAAUAAAAAUGUUGAAUUAUUUCGAAUUUCGAGGUCAUAUCGUAAGUUAAAUAAAUUAAUUUAGGAAGUGCAUGGUAUUUGAACUUUUAAGUUGUAACUUAUAUGAAUUCAUAGCAAUAAAUGAUUUCGUUGGUUUUGAUCUCGAUUUAAUUAGAAGAUUCGCAAUAUAAAUCCUUCAAGGUCUUCUCUACUUAAAGGAAUGCAAUAUAAUUCAUUGUGAUUUGAAACCUGAGAAUAUUCUCCUUAAAGAUUUUAAUAGAUCAGGUAUUCGGAUAAUUGAUUUUGGUUCCAGUUGUUUUAAUAAUCAAAAGAUAUACUCAUAUAUAUAAGUAUUUUUAUAAUUCUAUUAUUAUAGAGUAGAUUUUAUAGAGCUCCUGAAGUUGUUUUAGGUUUAGGUUACUCUUCUUAAAUUGAUAUGUGGAGUUUCGGAUGUAUUAUUGCAGAACUCUUUACUGGAGAAUCAUUAUUUUAAUCUAAAUCAGAAAAAGAGUUACUAUUCUUAUAAAUUAAGGUUAUUGGUAUGCCUCCAAAGGAAUUAAUUGAAUAAGGAUCUAGAAAAUCAAAAUUUUUUGAUGAAAAAUGUUAACUUAAUUAUAAAAUUUAGGAUUAGGAAUUAUUAUAAGAAAUUAAAACUCUUAAUUAACAUUUAUAAAAAGCAGAUCCUUAAUAUUAAGAUGUAAUCUUUAUUUAUUGAUUUAAGUUUGUUAUUAAAUGUCUCAAAUGGAAUCCAGAUUAGAGAAUGACACCAGAGGAAGCUUUAAUUCAUCCAUGGAUUAUUAAUGGAUUACCCGCUACUGUUAGAAAAUAACAUAUUCAAUAAAUGAAAAAUUUCAUGGCUAUUCCAGAAGACUUAGAUUUCAAAUAAGGAUAAGGUGAAUAAUAAAAUCAAUUUUAAUGA